ACUCCGUCAACUCAGUCUUCGGCAGAUUUGAGCUAGAAAGCCCAUCCCCCUGGGGAGGGAGGAGGUCCUGAAGUGCCCAUCGUUCUCCGACGCCCCGACGUGCUGUGGCAGGAUCCGGCCCCACGCGCUUCCUUCGGCCCUGGCAGAGGUUUGGGAUCCCGGGUUCAGAACCCGACCCGUCGGCCCCUCGCGGCGCCGCGGGAAGUGCCGGCGUGGGGCGGACUCUGAAGUCCGAGUUCGCGGCGCCCGGGACUUUUGGUUCCCGCGCGGUGCCUCCUGGUGGCGCGCGUCGCGAGCGUGGCUGCGGCGUGCUUGACAGUGGCCGGUUGGCUGUCACGGCGUCCCUCGGUUGGCCCUUUCCUGCUUUAUAGCGUGCAAACCUCGCCGCGGCCAAGGGACAAGUUGGAGCUGUUGAUCUCUUGCGCAAUUGUUAUUUUCCCCAGGGCGGCUUUGUCUUUGGAUUUAGCAUUUCAGAAUUGCAAUCCCAAAAUGUUUAAGGGAGGAUUUUCUGUUCUGUGCGUUAAAGGGGAGGUCCACCAUCUCCCCAGAUGGCAGCUUCUUAACACCUUCCAUUCUGAAAUGCAAGGGCAGAAUUGGGGAGAAAGCAUGGAAAGUGAUGAAAGCUCUGGAAACCAGAGGGACCAGGACAUGGAUUUGAUUGACAUACUUUGGAGGCAAGAUAUAGAUCUUGGGGUAAGUCGUGAAGUAUUCGACUUUAGUCAGCGACGGAAGGAGUAUGAGCUGGAAAAACAGAAAAAGCUUGAAAAGGAAAAACAAGAACAACUCCAAAAGGAGCAAGAGAAAGCCUUUUUUGCUCAGCUGCAACUAGAUGAAGAAACAGGUGAAUUCCUUCCAAUUCAGCCAGCCCAACACAUCCAGUCAGAAACCAGUGGAUCUGCCAACUACUCCCAGGUUACCCACAUUCCCAAACCAGCUGCUUUAUACUUCGAUGACUGCAUGCAGCUUUUGGCAGAGACAUUCCCAUUUGUAGAUGGCAAUGAGGCUUCUUCAGCAACAUUUCAAACACUUGUUCCUGAUAUUUCCACCCACAUUGAGAGCCCAGUCUUCAUUGCUCCUAAUCAGGCUCAGACACCUGAAACUCCUGUCCUUCAGCCAACCAUUGCUGACCUAGACAAUAUGUCACAGGACAUUGAGCAAGUUUGGGAGGAGCUAUUAUCCAUUCCAGAAUUACAGUGUCUUAAUAUUCAAAAUGAUAAGCUGGUUGAGACUAGCAUGGUUCCAAGUCCAGAAACCAAACUGACAGAAAUUGACAACAAUUAUCAUUUCUACUCAUCAGUGCCUUCACUGGAAAAAGAAGGUGACUGCAGUCCACAUUUUCUUGAUGUAUUUGAGGAUUCCUUUGGCAGCAUCAUCUCUACAGAAGACCCCAAUCAACUGACAGUGAACUCAUUAGAUUCAAAUGCCACAAUAAACACAGAUUUCGGUGAUGAAUUUUAUUCUGCUUUCAUAGCAGAGCCCAGUAGCAGCAACAGCAUGCCCUCCUCCGCUACUUUAAGCCAGUCACUCACUGAACUUCUAAACGGGCCCAUUGAUGUUUCUAACCUAUCACUUUGUAAAGCUUUCAAUCAAAACCACCCGGAAAGCACAGCAGAAUUCAACGAUUCUGACUCUGGCAUCUCACUGAACACAAGUCCCAGCAUGGCAUCACCAGAACAUUCAGUGGAAUCUUCCAUCUAUGGAGACACAACACUUGGCCUCAGCGAUUCUGAAAUGGAAGAGAUAGACAGUGCCCCUGGAAGUGUCAAACAGAAUGGUCCUAAAACACAGCCAGUACAGUCUUCUGAGGACAUUAUCCAACCUCUGUCACCAUCUCAGAGGCCCAGUGCUCCAGUGCAUGAUGUCCAGUGUGAAAAAACACCAAAGAAAGAACUGCCUGUAAGUCCUGGUCAUAGAAAAACCCCAUUCACAAAAGACAAACAUUCAAGCCGCUUGGAGGCUCAUCUCACAAGAGAUGAGCUAAGGGCAAAGGCUCUCCAUAUCCCUUUCCCUGUAGAAAAAAUCAUCAACCUCCCUGUUGAUGACUUCAACGAAAUGAUGUCCAAGGAGCAAUUCAAUGAGGCUCAACUUGCAUUAAUUCGAGAUAUACGUAGGAGAGGUAAGAAUAAAGUGGCUGCUCAGAAUUGCAGAAAAAGAAAACUGGAAAAUAUAGUAGAACUGGAGCAAGAUUUGGAUCACUUAAAAGAUGAGAAAGAAAAAUUGCUCAAAGAAAAAGGAGAAAACGACAAAAGCCUCCAUCUACUCAAAAAACAACUCAGCACCUUGUAUCUCGAGGUCUUCAGCAUGCUACGUGAUGAAGAUGGAAAACCUUAUUCCCCUAGUGAAUACUCCCUGCAGCAAACAAGAGAUGGCAAUGUAUUCCUUGUUCCCAAAAGUAAGAAGCCAGAUGUUAAGAAAAACUAAACUUGGGAGGAUUUGACCUUUUCUGGGCUAGUGUCUUCUUGUUUUUUUUUUGUACUGUUAUACUAAAAGCUCCUACUGUGAUGUGAAAUGCAGAAGCAUCAUACUUUAUAAGGAAUUCUAUGCAAAAUUAUAGCCAAAACUAGUAUAGAAUAUAAAACUUUAAGAAACAUUAAAAUAAAAGUUAUCAGUAUGCUGAACCAGUAGUUUCACUUUACCUGCAAACUUAAUGUCUCAGAACACCAUUUGGGCUAGUUUCUGCGUACGUGUAAAUACUACAAAAACUUAUUUAUACUGUUCUUAUUUGUUACAUUCAUAGAUUUAUAUGAUGAUAUGACAUCUGGCUAAAAGCAAAUUUUGCAAAACUAACCACUAUGUACUUUUUUAUAAAUAUUGUAUGAACAAAAAAAUGGCAUUUUUUAUAUUGAAUUGUUCAGCUCUGGCAAAACAAUUUGAUUUAACAGGCUGGUACUAAUAAAGGAAUAACAUGACAGUUAAA